GAACAUCUACAUUCAAAUGCAUGUGAGUGUACCGUUGUAGGAGUUAGAGGUAGUCAUAUUAGGUCAACGUGAGCUAUCAAUGCUCGCCCAAAACUUCCAGCGACUAGCAUCAGUUUAGCUAAUGCUAUGCUAAGCUAUGUUAUGCUACUACGGGGCAUCCUACCUUUGUGUCUUCAAUCUUGCGUGACAUUUUGCUGAUUUUACUGGACAGGUCCUCUUUCUCCAGUUUGCCAGACAUGGCGAGGACGUCAGUGACAAACGACGACAUCGGGAAACACAAGGUUAUAUAGAUAUUUUAUUUGUAAAACUAUGACAGUUCAAGGCGCGCCAGGCGAUUUGAUUGGCUCGCGCAAAUGGUCAGGAUGCCCCACCCCUUCCACUUCCCGAUUGGCUCGCGUAAAGGAUACCCCAUCUCUUCCACUUUUCCCAAUGCUUUUAUUUUUCUUCGUUUCUCUGGAGAUCUGCAAAUGUUACAAAAUACAUCACUUCUGCUACCAAGCGUCAGAUAGAUAACUUGCACUGGGUUUAUUAAUUAUCCAUUCAUAUGGAUUCAUACACCAAGCACAGUGCAUUGGUGUACUCUAUGUCUGUACUGUAAUUGAUAUUUGCCUCCACUCCAGUCCGGUGUGUGACGCUGUUGUGUUUGCGUACAUGCUCUUAUAUGCUAGAAGAAGAGCGUCUGCAUAUCUCUAUGGCAACCACAAAUAUUUAGCAUAGCGCUUUUGUGGGCUAACGGCGGCGUGUUUAGCUUAUCGUUAUUCUACUAUCAAACUCGUUCAUUUCAAUUAGUAAAAAUGGCUGGUAUAGGUAAUCUAGAUAGUUAAGAAGCUGUAAUGUAGAGGAAAUGGCGGGUGAAAGGUGAAGGAAGUGUUGACCAACGGAUCAAAACAGUUAGCUGCAAGUUGUUUGCUAGCUUAUAAUCGAUCAUGUCAGAUUGGUGCAACACCGACACAGGAGAGGCUGUCUACCGGUCUCUGGAUGCUAUCAAAAACCUGCGGAUAAAGGUGCACUUAGAGAGGGUGACCACCACUGCGACUCUCUCUAUGCACUUCCAGCAAGAAGUUCUGACCCAGCAGGAUGGAGGAGCCAUUGAACUGAAACCUCUCACCUCACAGGCCCAGAGUGGUGACAAUGAGGAGCAAGUAGUUGUGGGCUGGCAGGAGAAACUCUUCAGUCAGUAUGAAAUGGAGUUGUUCCAAAACGAGGCGGCUUGCCAGACUCCUCUGGACCGCCAGUACCACAAAGAGGUCACAGCCCUGAACAAGGCGAAGGGUCGGCAAAAUAACAGGAUCUUCACAUACACGGAUUACGAUCGCUACACCAACUACCAUCCGCUCCAGCAGCUACAGGGCAACGAUUUACUGACCACAACCAAAUCCAGGCCCACCUUCCUGGCUGAGAGAAUGGCCAGCGUGCGACACAGACGGCAGGAUCGGCGAACCAUGGACUCCAGCUUCCCCAAGUCCAAGAUCAUCAACUGGGAGCCCAGUGAAGACUUCAUGAGGAGCAGUCAUGAGAUGAACAGUGUCAUGCAGACCAUGCACAUUAUGGCAGACCUGGGACCGCCUGGAAAACUGGGCCAAAAAGAGAACGAAUGUCUGCUGUUCACUGUAAAAACCGAUGGCAACGGAACGAUCAUCGUAAAACCUGACUUCAACAAGGGCAAAGAGCCCUACAGGAUUACCACUGAGGGGACCAACAAAGAAGUUUGGCGUCUCACCGUGGAUAAUGUUUCAGCGCCCAUGAAAACCGAGGAAAAGGAGAGAGAGAAGCACCUGUACAAAGAUCUUUUAGUGAGGCACAAGGACUUCCCAAAUAGCCUUGUCGGGCAGGACUUUGAAAUGCCUCCUCCAGGUAUUCUGCGGUACUUAAUAAACGGGGAGAUAGUGUCUGCCAAGGGCUUUGAGUAUGAUAACCUAUACAUCGAUUACAUAAUGGAGCUGCCAAACAACUGGUCCAGCUUGCCAAUGCAGUCCCACUCCGGAGUCACCCACACUUCACGCACCAAAGCAUUAGGGAAGGACAAUGUGGCUUACUUCUGUUACCCCUUCACCUUUGAGGCGUUCUACAUGACUGAAAAAGAGAGUGAGGAAUCAGUUCCCCAUUGGCCCGUGUUGUAUUUCAAGGUUCUGUCUCUGGACGACUGGCAGCGGUAUCGGACCGAGGGCUACGGGUACCUGCUCUUUCCUGACACGGCAGGUAAACACACUCAGACGUGUCACACGUGGAGACCCGUCCAGACAGGCACAGCCUCUGCAAUGCGACGCUUCUUCAUCGGAGGUUCUCCAGAGCUAGAGGAUCAUAGCUACGUGAGGAUACCAGGACAUUUCAAGGGAGAGAGGCUUAGUCGCUUGGGCUUUUCUACUGAAAGUUCAGGAAGCGUGACCUUUAAUCUUCACUGCAUCCAGCAAUCCAAGGCCUUUGUGGAUUCUGCAACAUCGAAAAGAAGAAGGCACUAUGUCGCUGACCACACCCACGGAUUUAGUCAUCACGAUACGCUCUUAAGCACCAUGGAUGCAUUUCAACGGGCCAGAAGAAAAAUGCAAGAAGUCAGAGAAAGUCUUCCCAGAGACUUCAUCGCCUCAGCCUCCCAACUCCAAAUUUAAUGACCCGCUUAGGAGUGAAAAUCAGCAUGACAAAAUUGUAUUUGCUGUUUAAAACAAUAUGACUGUGAUACAAGCACAACUAGAGAGUCAUUUGUGACUAUAUUUUUAUGAAUAAUUUGCUGCAAUGUCACAACAUGUUUUUGUAAUACAUAAAGUCAAAAUAAAUGAGGACUUUUUUAAGGAAACAUCAAAUGUUUUAAGGUGGUUG